AGAAACACACGAGCAGCAGAGAUUAAGCGAGGCUACGGACGAAGGAAAUAAAUGCCCUCUUCACUGGCUGGGGAAUAAAAACCGCAGCUAGUGACUGGAGGAUACAGAGAGGGGGGGAGGCAGAGAGAAGAUGGAUGUACAAACGGAAAACAUGGACCCCCCGCCUGGUGAAUCCCAGCCGAGUGGAAAAAUCAGAAAAGGAUUCAAGCUGUUUGGCAAACGCAAGCCAGGUAACAUCUUUUCUAUUCGAAGCAAAGGGGAUGGAAACAACAAGUCACCUGUUAACAAGGGCAAAACCACAGAUGGAUUAUCGGACACCGGUGCACCAGAUAUGGAGCCAGAGUCAGACAAGGAAAAAAGACAGGAGGUGAGUCAAGGAGAAAAGGAGCAAGACGAAGAGGAGCCGCUUGGUGAAGAUGGCGUUAUGGCUGCAGCAGCUGCUCGCGCCUCAAUUUCUUCGAUGAGCUCUGCCAAGUCCCUCAGCUUUCUGUCGUUGCUGAGGGGUGGCCGGAGAGGAAUGGGGGACCGGCGGGUCCAAACGGUGUCCCAGCCGGUGGGUCGGCAACGUCGUGGGCUGAAGGGUCUCUUUGGCACUGUUAAGUUUCGCUCAAAAGAUAAAGAGGAACAGGAGGAUGCCCCUCCGAGUCCACUUCUCAUGUUGUCCCGGGCCAACAGCGUGGAAAUCAUCAAGGAGGACCUCACCCUCACCCCCAAGUUCCAACCUCGAUCUCUGGACAGCCCAGAGAGCGAGAGCUCCGAGCCCAUCACAAGCGUGACAACACCGGGCAGGGAAGUCCCUUCCCCGUCAGAGACCAUAACCCCCCAGCUGACAGCAGGGAAUCUGAAUAGAACUGAUGAACUUGUCCCUCAACCACCCAUGGUACCCGGUGAAAGCAGCCUGAGCUCCUUGCUGGCAGACAUCUCAUCUCUCCUGACCUUUGACUCUAUCUCAGGGGGUGGUGACUUCAUGGCUGACGUGGAGGCAGAGUGGGGGAAAGCCAGCAAUGCCAUCAGUGCAGCGGAGAGGGAAGUCACGCCAUCAUCGGCAUCUUUCUUCUCCAAACCCACCAUCUCUUCUCCAGUGACUUCUACCUUGGUCAGCACAGCUCCUACGGUAAAACCCUGUUUCCCCACAGCAGCAUCCAGCCAAUCCUUCAGUCCACUGACAAAGACAGCUCCAUCCUCCUCACCCAUUGCCAAGCCGAGCACAAUCAUCACAACAUUGACCAAAUCUUCCACUUUGACAACUCCCUCAGUCAAACUGAGCUCAGAUUCUACUUGCGCCUCCAGCGUAACGAUUAAAUCAACUCCUACACCCACCGCAACAGAACUUUCAAAGACUCCUGUCACGUUUACAAGUCUUUCAGGUCAAUUGAUGUCUUCCUCUUCAAUAACAGUUAAAUCCAUACAGAGCUCCACCACUGCUACAACCACAGCCCCUCUGAGCACCCCAGCUACUGUAGUCAAAGCUCCCUCAGCUAGUCCAAACCUUACCUCGACGGCUAGCAAAUUGGCUUCAGAACUUGCAGUACCUUCUGCAACCGAUUCAGUAAGUAAACCCACUCAUGUAGCAACUCCGCCGCUCGCAUCGGCUAAACCUCCACCAGUAAGGCAUAGCCCUCCCACCCCUAUUGCUUUCACCCAACCUCCACCUGCUAAAGUAGAUUCAGCUAGUGGUCUGAAUUGGCAAACUUCUACUUCCUACAAACCUUCCCUUCUAAGUUCCUCUGCAGGAGAAGCUAAAGCCCCAGUAGCAAUAUCAGCAACCUGUACUGUUACAACCAAACCCCCUUCUCCUCCUCCAGCUAUCCUCUCCAAGAUAACAACGGUUCCUACGUCAACUACAACCUCAGGCUUAGUGUCUAUGGCCAGUUCUAAGCCUACAAUCACCUCCAGCCCAAUGGACCUAACUAAAACCCCUCCCUCCCUUGUUACUCUUCCAGAUUAUUGUCCUCCUUAUGUCCCGAGUUUUAUGACUAAAACUCAACCUAGCCCUGCAUCUGUCCCAACUCCAUCAUCAAAUUCUUUAGAUAACAUUCCUCCCACAUCUAAACCCACUCCUGCACCGCUCUCUCUAGAUAGUAUGCCCCCUGCUCCCAAACUAACUCCAGCCCCUUCCACUCAUGCUGUUGUUUGCACAGCAUCCCCAACACCUCCUAUUCUGGCUCAGAUCUCUAAAGCUCCUCCUGCACCUGCUCAAAUUCCGAUUUCAGAGCUCCCUGCUCCUGCUCAGAUCCCAAUUACUGUAUCAAAAGACCCUUCUGCUCAGAUCCCAGUUUCUGUGUUCAAAGACCCUCCUGCUCAGAUCCCAGUUUCUUUAUUCAAAGACCCUCCUGCUCAGAUCCCAGUUUCUGUAACAAAAGACUCUCCUGCUCAGAUCCCAGUUUCUGUAACUAAAAACCCUCCUCCUCAGAUCCCAGUUUCUUUAUUUAAAGGCCCUCCUGCUCAGAUCCCAGUUUCUGUAUCUAAAGACCCUCCCGCUCAGAUCCCAGUUUCUUUAUUUAAAGACCCUCCUGCUCAGAUCCCAGUUUCUGUAGCUAAAGACCCUCCCGCUCAGAUACCUGUAUCUGUAUCUAAACCCCUCCUUUUGCCUGCUCAGAUUCCUGUUUCUAUAUCUAAAGACCCUGGUCAGACCUUUCAAGCGAAAGCCUUUUCUGCUCCUUCCCCUGUUAGUCCUCUUCCCUCUGGCCCUGCGCCUUGGCAGAGUGAAGCCACAACAUCUUCUAAGAUGACAGGAAGUGGACAGGUAUCACCAGAUUGCCAACUGGUUAAUCCAAGUAGCACAGGUAUCCUGGGGGCCCAGACCAGGCCGUCCAAAACAGAAGAACUGCAUAGUGAGUCUAGAACAAACCUCCAAGGCCCCUCCAGAGAUAAGAAGAGCCCACAAGUGAAGGCAUCAGUGCUCAGCAAAAUACCUGUAGUUGGAGGGGGCAGAGCAGGCAAGCUACCUGUGCGGGAAAGCCAACAUUUUGAUGAUGAAGCAAGCAGAGACCCACCUACUCCAGAAUAUGAGACACCCCAUUUCAACUCACAUGACGCAGCGAGAAGCAUAGAUAAAAUGAGCGAUAUUGGGGCGAAUGUUCCUGCUUUAAAACACACCCUGGAGGAGUAUCAGCAGCCUCCUCAGCCAAAAGUUCUCACCAGUGUACAACGUGAUUCAAAGAUCCCUGUGAAGCACGGUGCAACUGCCUCCCAAAUCCCUGUAGCUAAAGAACCCCCUCGUUCCAAGAUACCUACGUCCAAGGUUCCUGUCCGCAGGGUUGGCAAUAAACCUGCAGCUGCAGGAGGCAGCACCCAGACGAGAAGAUAAACAAUGGACCUAACCAACCAAGGAUACCGAUUAGGGCUUCGACUGCAAUGUUUUUCCAUUCAAACUACAUGACCACCCUUUUUUAAAUUUAAUUUUUCUAUACUGUAAUUCUUGGCUUGCCAUCUCUUUGCUUCACAACAUCGAAAGCAGCAGUAACAUAAUCAAGGAAGCGGACAGCACUCAAGCACAAAACAUCACCACAGGGAGCUCAGGCAGCAAGCCUGGCUCAUUGGUUCUGAGCCAAAUGGACAUGCACUCAGGAAAGGUUCAGGGUCACACCUGGACACGCAGCAGCUUUGGCAAAUAAGGAUAAGCAAGAUAAAAGAUCUUCUGGGAACAGUCACACACACAUCACAUGGGCGAGUGCCUUUCUAUGGGUGCUUUUCCUACAGACUCUCAGAAUUUGUCCAGUCUUUUCUACAGUACUUUUAACUUUUGUUACUCCCACUUUUUGUAGGAACUGUCAAAUGUUUUUUGUCUUUUCUUUCCAGCAAGUCUCUUUGAUAACAACCAGACCCUUUAGCUUUUAUUUAUGUCAGGGGAAGAACAGCAAGAGCUCUAUAAAUAAAUGCAGCGACCAAAUUUACAUUCCACACCUACCCCUGGAUGUUAUGUAGCAGAAAACGUGCCAUUCUUUUUUUUGCACAAGAUGUCGAAAUGUACAGCGCUUUUGUGUCAGCCUGCUGAUAUGUAACUUGGAUCAGAUCUCACUGUGAACUAUGGGAGAGACUGUGGUUGGAGGGAGGAGAGUCGGAAAUAUCUCUCAGCAUAACGGACAGGAGCCAUUAUGAAUGGCACUGCUGAAAGAGACAGAGAGGAUGCUGGGAUGAGAUCUCCAGCUCGAAAAACUGACACAUCCAUAUCCUUAUCCAGCUUAUACUAUAAGAUGAGAACAAUAUCUGUGUGUACAGUCUCAUCUAUGUUGUUCUGUUUACUAUUUAAUCAAUAAAACAAUACGAGUACUUUGCGAAAUGA